AUGUUUUUUCUCUCCUUCCUCCUCUUGUUGGUUCCUCUCGUCUCUAGCACGUCCCGCCACAGCACGUCCCGCAUGCACAAGAUGCAUGCUAGAUCUGUUGACACCACAGUGAUCUCUGGCAAAUGGGACACUAUUAAUGCGGGACAGUAUUCGCUGUCCAAUGAUCUAUGGAACGAGCAAACUGCUACCUGGGGCUACCAGCAAUCUCACCUCACGUCAUUGAGCGGUAGUAAUAUUGCCUGGACGACCACAUACACCUGGGAAGGCGCACCCAACCAAGUCAAGAGCUUCGCCAAUAUCCAGCUUGAUACCGGCGUCGAUCAACAGCUGAAUGCUAUUUCUAGCAUGCCUACUACCUGGGAGUGGAGUCUGUCGGACAACGGACAAGUCGUAGGUGACGUGGCCUACGACCUAUUCACGUCUUACAGCUCUGGCGGCUCGAAUGUAAACGAAAUCAUGAUCUGGCUUGCAAACGUCAACUCUGGACCAAUCUCUGCGCAGUACAAUGCCGAGGGCCAUGCUGUCCCUAUCGUGACCAACAUAUCGUUGGAAGGUUACACUUGGUUAGCUUUGCGGACUUAUACUCUGGAUCUAACGGAGUCAACCAAGGUUUACUCGUAUCUCCUGACCAGUGGUACCGUCGAAUCGUUCAGCGGUGACAUUUAUCCAUUCUUUUCGUACCUGAUUGACAACAAUUACGUGAGCUCAACACAGUAUCUCACCUGUGCUCAGGCAGGCACAGAGGCCACAUCUGGAUCAGCACAAUUCACUACGUAUGCCUACAGUUUGGCUAUCAACUAA